AUGACCACACUUCUCAAGAAGAUGUGGGAAGAAAUGUAUGUGGAACAGUGCCUGAUGAUUCUCGGGGCCAAACCGUUGAGUGACGAGCAGAAGACAAGAGAGCUCGCGGAGGAGUUCCAGACGACUAAGUCGGUUCUCGAACGGGGCUUGCGGCUUGCGGCGGCAAUGGAGAAGACGCUGGAGGACUUGCAGCAUGCGGCGGCAGCGACGGAGAAGGUGCUGGAGAGUGUUGACGCUAUUACCGCAUCCACCCAGGGGUUGGCGCUGGAUCACAAACCGGGUCUCAAUCCCCUAGGCAAUCUUCGGUUUGCCACCGCACAUAUUGAGCAGGGGAUCCACUCUCUGUUCACGUCGCAGGCGUUGCUGUUAGUUGCAGCUUACGAUGAUCCCGAUAUUCUCCGUGCGCUCAGGGAACAGAUGCAGGCGACUGCACUCGUCUUCACAGCGGCCUUGGAGGGAGCGGAGAUGCUGGAAAAAGGGCUGAACUCGAACAUCGGCGAGCCCGACUGGCAUGAAUGGAUCACACAUUCAGAUCGAGUCCAACGAGAGGCGUUGAGGGACAAUGCCGAACCGUCGCAGUAA